AUCCACACACUGGGAAAACACUGAAACAGCCUUCAAAACAAGAGGUGCGAUGGCAGAUGCAAGCUUUAAGCAGGAGUUCCUUGAUACCCACAAUGCGUACAGGAGAACGCACCAGGCACCACCACUGACCUUCAGCGAUGACCUGAAUACUACGGCCCAGAAGUGGGCCGAUCACCUACUGUCAAUCAAAAAGCUGCAGCACAGUAACGGCAAUGUGGGAGAAAAUAUCUACUACGCAUCGAGCUCCGCACCCAUGAGGCUGACAGGGAAGGAGGCUGUGGACAGCUGGUACAGUGAGAUCAAAAAAUACAACUGGAACAGCCCUGGAUUCAACUACCAAACUGGCCAUUUCACCCAGGUGGUAUGGGAAGGCAGCACUGAGCUGGGCGUGGGCCUGGCCACUGACGGCUACAUGACCUUUGUGGUUGGCCAGUAUCUGCCUGCUGGAAACAUGCAAGGACAGUUUGAACAGAACGUUCAUAAAGAAGCUGGCAGAGGAACGAGCGGAGCAGGCAACACCUCCAGUGGGGGGAGUGGAAAGCGUGAAGAGAAUUCUUGUAGGCUGUUCUAGACCUGGACAUCCCCACAAGAACACUACUCACCAUGGACUACCGCCAAUCAAGGCCAAUCAUAAGCAGAACCUCUCUGUGGUACACCUUGUCUUAUUGUUGCAGUAUACCCUUUUUGAUCUUUGGAAUAUUGGAUAAAAUUUACUAUUCUUUUGUCAUCAUAGACUUGUGUGAAAUAUAUUAAUAAAUAAUAUAUUAAUAAAAUUUGUAAAAAAAAAAAAAAAAAAGCCAAACCUCUGGUCACAUUUCCAUCAAUAAUUGAUUCCUGUCUUCUGAUGCUGUGUGCAGCUGAAAUAGCAUCACAUAGAAAAAUCAUUCAAAAAGCAGCAACCAGGUGGCAGUAUGAGACUGCAGAAAGUGCUCACUUGAUCUUUACACAGUGCAUAUUCAAAAGCAGGAACUGAGCAAAGGCAGGAAAUCUAAUGUGCUGUUUGAAAAGCAUGCCGCACGUCCCAGGAAGGCUUGUCACAGGCCAACAAAUACUGCAGCAUCUGGCUGACUACCAACUGAUC